UGAUCGCUUCUUUUAAGUCGCAGCUCGUAGAGAAAUGUUCCUAAACGAGCUUAUGUCUGAUGAUUUGUUUUGGAGAGUGCUCCAGCUUCCACUAACGCGGUAACGACGAAAAUUGGAUAGGAAACAAACGUGCUUGAAAUACAAAGUUGUUUUCAGUUAAGUUUUAUUGCCCAAAAAAUGGAAUUGACAACUGAUGAACAGAAACGUUGGAUGGUGGUUGGAAUUGCUAUGGUCAAAGUGAUUGCCCCAGUGCUGCGAGAUGUUGUUAAACAAGGAAUGACUGCACAUUACAAAUCCUUUGACACAUUCUUACAUCCAUGUAAGCUUAAUGCACUGACCCAUGAUGACGUUCUGAGUACACCCAGCCUCAAAAACUUGAAGUUUGAAAACAUCAACAACAACAGUCAAAUACCUAAGAAAGACAAGGAGACAUACACCUUCAAUGUUUCAUCUGAAGUGGACUUGGCAAAAUUGUAUCUUCCUGAUUACCUUGCAAAAUUCUCAGAAUUUGAUGAAUCUCUUGACUUGAGCGCGAUUCUCCGUCUACUUGGAUGCAGCAAACCAGCUCCCAUCUUUCACUCACCAAUUAUUCGGACAGCAGCAGAUACUGUAAAAGAUGAGGUUAGAAACAAGUGGGCCCAUUUUAAUCUUAACGACUGGACUGAAGCUUCCUUCAAUGACUGCUUUACCAACCUGGAGAAAUUGGUGAAGAGUGUUGGCAUUGGUGUGAAAGAGCAGAGCACACUAGAUGCCCUGCAUGAGUGGCAAACAAAAGGCUGUCAAAUGGUUAUGGGACAUGCCGUUGAUCAUCAACUAUGGUCGCUGGUAAAACAAACGCUGGAACUCUUUGCUAAAGACUUAGAAACAAAUCAAUUAGCUAUUGCCUCCAUCCAAGAACAGCAGCGAGCAAUAGACGAAACAGUGGAAAACCAGCAACAGAGGAUUUAUGAGAUGGAAGCACUCCAAGCCAAACAUGCAGAGGACUAUAGUCGUGUGAUGGAGAUGUUAGAGAAACUGGAAGCUCAGAUAUCAUUCUCUCCCAGAAGUCCCUUUAAUCUGGAACAGUUCAGGAUCAAACUGAAAGAUCAUUACGAAAGGACGUCAACAGUACAAACAUCUGUGUGGUCAGCCAAAAGCAAAGCAAACAUUCGCCAGGUAUACACUCGUCUGUCCAUGGUUAAAGAAAAUCAGACUGUGUCCGUGGGCUACACCGAGCUAUUUGAGAAAAUGGUGAACGGUCUGGUGCCGAGGAGGAUGCUUGUGGUUGGUCAAGCUGGAGUUGGAAAGUCCACUUUUGUUACAAAGCUCUGUUUGGAUUGGGUCGAAUGUGAAGAAACAACUGCUUGUGAAGAGAAAAGUAUUCUAGAGAAAUUCAAACUUGUCCUUCUUCUCAAGCUCCGGGAAGUGUCCCAUUGUAAGACGCUAAAAGAAGUGAUAAGUUGCUCUGAUCUUCUCCCACGUGAAGAUAAAGAUCUCACAGAUGAGCUGCUUCAUUACAUCAGUGAGAAUCAGGAACAGGUCCUCUUUGUCUUUGACGGCUAUGACGAAUAUGGUGGAGGAAAGAAUUCCGAGGUUUUUGACAUCUUCCGGGGAGAAAUACUGCGGGGCUGCAGCGUUCUUGUGACGUCUCGAUCUUCCCAAGGUGAUGACCUCCGGGAAUUUGCCGACAUGUACGCUGAAGUUACUGGUUUCAGUGAAGCAGACAUCGAACAGUUCUUGGUAAAACAACUUGGAGAGGUUGAAGGAAAGGCUCUAAUGCGCCACCUGUGGAAGGAAAAGUUGAUUGAUACCGCCAAAGUUCCCAUACUAUGCCUGUUUUUCAGUGUGUUGUGGAAGAAGAUGAAAGUAAAGUUUACUACGAAAAAUAGGACGAUGGUCUUCUUGGAAAUUGUCCAAUGCAUUUUAGACUAUGAUUAUGGAAAGGGUGCUUCUGACCAGCCCAGAACUGUGAAGGAUUGUAAGGACAUCCUUGCUGAUCUUGGUGAGGUAGCUUUGGAAGGUUUGUUGUCUGAUGAUCUUCUAUUUGAGUACGGCAAAUUGAAGCAAAUCAAGGGCUGCGAAAGCAUUAUUAAUGGGUUCCUGCAAAUCACAGAGGAUACCGAGAACAUUCGGCCUUCCGAAAAAGUAUCCUUCGUUCACAAAACAAUUCAGGAAUUUUUAGCCGCCUGGUUUGUUGUGCACAAAUUGGUCCCUGAACAUAGUCUUGGACAACUGCAAGAGCAAGCUAGGGACAGCGAGAGUUGUCUUCGUCUUGAGAAUGUCUUUCUUUUUAUCAGUGGACUGCCCCAUGAUGGAGAGGGAGCUAGAGCCGGAGCCGGAGCCGGAGCCGAGUUGGUUCUACGACACUUAACAAAGGUCAACCGGGAAGACAGGAACCUUCGGUUUAUGCAGACAAUCGUUUUGCCGGGCCAAAGUGAAAAAACAUGCUAUGAUCUCACUGACCCUCAAAAAAGAUUUCACGACUUGGUGUUUGCGUCAUUUGAUGAAGCACAAUUGAAAGAAGGGCUUUUACGGCAUUGCCUUUCAAGCACAGAUGGAGUGAUGUUACUCUCCCAAAGACUUGUGAAGAACCUUUUAGAGUGCAAGGAUGAUAUUAUUGAAAUGGAUCAAGCAACUGUUAUUUUCAAGAUGCUUAAACAUGACCUUUCGUUCUCCCUCGAAGAGAAUUUGAGGAAGUUCUUUGAUGGUUUCGACUUGGUAGUAAAGGUAACAGAAUGUUCUCAGGCCCUCCAACUGGGGGACUUUUACAGGAACUUCUUGAACUGUGGUGUUCGCUGCAUGUGCAAUUUUAGUGCAGUUCUUUUGUCAAAUAAAGGAAGUCUCUCGUUUUACAUUACUGACCUUCGUUUGGCUUGUCUGCUUCAUGAACUUAUGUUCACAGGACAUACUACUGACGGCCACCCUUUUCUCGAAUAUAUAGCCAAGGAUAUCAGUUUCAUCAAUCAAAACCACGAAUUGCAAAAAGGUCUUCGACUUGAGCAUUUAGUACCGCUUGAAUUUCCCUUUAAAGGACCAUGUGAAGCCAGAUCUCUUCUUAACCUGCAGAACCCUUCGUCGGACGAGCAUUUGCUCAAGCACCUUCAAUCCUUGGAAUGUGUCUCUACUUCAACCAGUGAGAUCCUCAGUACACUUGGUGUCAUUGCUGGGAAAUCAAAGUAUUUUAAUUCUGUAAAACUAGAACUUGCAAAAGGUGGUGAAUUUUGUGAUUUUCUAGAGCCUGUCAAGAAGUUAAAGGACUGUUCACUUCAAUUGUCCAGUCGCUCCUUGGAUACCUGUACGUCGGCUGGAAUGGAACGACUCUCAAACUUAUUACCAAAUUUCAACAACCUCUCGGUUCUACACCUCAACCUGAAAGAUUGCUCUGAGAUCCUUGUCAAUCAGUUGGUCGCCGUUAUCACGCACCCCACGGUCAAAAUACUUCAAUUGAAUAAGGUGGAUUUGGUCGAAAAUACCGCCAUUGUUCUUGGUGGCUCUGUGCGUAGGAUGUCAGCUCUGCAGGUUCUUGUAAUAGAGGGAAAGAUGAACGAGUUAGGAUUGAGAGGGAUGCAAGCUUUAUUUGGGGGAUUUUCGCGAGUAAUUCCUUUAAGAGUACUUGAGCUCAGCUGUUUUCGUGUCUUCAAGAAUGGUCUCAGCUUUCUCCGAAAUAGCUUCCAGUUCUUCCCCCGAAUGGAUGAACUUCGGCUUGUCAAUCUAGAGCUUGAUGAUAGAGAUGUCGGUAAUCUCCUCAGUGGCGUCAACUUUCCAGAAUUACACAAACUGAUUUUAUCAAAGAAUCGGCUCGGCCAUGGGAUUACCUCUAUUGUGAGUCAUAUUGUGCGUUUUCCGAAGAUAUUUCAACUCGUUCUGGAAGAUGUAAACUGUUCCGAAGAAGACAAGAAGUUCGUAAUUGAGAACGUCAGAAAGGUUCGGCCAGUGUUUGGUAUUUACCCACUAUCGCCUGACACAAUCGAAUUUUUGUUGAAGCAAGAAGAAAGAGGCGACAGUUACUGAGCUCAGUUCGGCGUGAUGUUGUGAUGAAGAUUUGGUUUGAUUCAUGUGCGACGAGAGUGAAAGAGGAAGGAAGAAGUGAAAUUUAUCAUCAAACGGUGUGGGGAAGAAACUGUGUUUCAUCAACUGUUGCUGGAAUCGUUGUUUCGAAUUCCUUAAAGUCAUAAAUCCAUGUUUCUUUUCUUUCCUUUGACUGAGGACGAAAUUACAAAGUUUCUGGACCGGAUUUCUGCCUUUCGGUCUGUUUUUUUCGUUUUCGUUUUUGUUUGAUUAAUAUCGAUGAAUAAUUAAUCGAGAGGAUCGCUCGUUCACCCGAGAGCGCUUCAUUUAUCAUACUGUAUAUUUUUCAGUAAGCUGUAGA